AUGGGGAAAACAAGCAAGUGGCUUAAAAACUUGUUGACAGGGAAGAAAGACAAGGAAAAGGAGAAGGAAAAAUGUGCUACCAACCUGUGUUUGUCAAAUGGCUCAGAAAAUCCAACCACUCCAAUUUCAACAAUCCCAAAGGAGAAAAGAAGAUGGAGUUUCCGGCGAUCAUCAGCUUCCAAGGAAAUGAAUCUCGCAGAAUCAAGUGUCACUACUUCAAUAUUGCAUACUAACGCAGAUGCUGAGAAUGAUCAAAGGAAACAAGCCGUGAUGGCGAUGGCCGUGGGCGUGGCUAUUGCCUCAGCAGUUUCACCUGAUGCCAUGAUCUGCUUGACUCCUUGUUCCAAUGAAACAACAAGUAUUGAAGAGGCUGCAGCCAUUAAAAUUCAAUCGGUUUUUCGGUCCUAUUUGGCAAGAAAGGCAUUGUGUGCUCUUAGAGGAUUAGUGAAGUUGCAGGCACUAGUAAGAGGUCACUUGGUGAGAAAACAAGCUAGGGAGACUCUAAGAUGCAUGCAAGCUUUGGUCAUAGCACAAGCCAGGGCUCGUGCUCAGAGGUCUAGAGUGGCAUCAGAAGGAAAGGCCAACAAAAAACAAUCACCCUACAGAAUAACCACAGAGGACAACUUCUUCAUGCAUAUGUAUAGUGAAAUGGAGAGGAGUUUGGAAGAGAACACCAAGAUUGUGGAGAUCGAUGUUUGUGAAUCCAAAGGUAACUCGAGAGACAGAAACAGCACUGCAAAUCAUGGUUAUCGCGAAUCAUUUGAGCAUAGAUUUUCUACAUAUUAUUCAUCAAAUGGUUCAUACUCAAAGGAUGAAAACUACAAUGUAUCACCUGCACCAUCAACACUGACAGAACUAAGUCCAAGAGCAUGCAGUGGGCAUUUUGAGGAAUGUUCCUUCAGUACAGCACAAAGCAGUCCCCAUUACUAUUCAGCUGUGUCAAGAGUAGAGGAUUCAAAGCUUCCCUUUGCUUUCCCUAGACCAGCUUACACAGAAUCUAUGUCCUAUGACUACCCUUUAUUUCCAAAUUACAUGGCUAACACAGAAUCAUCAAGGGCCAAAGUCAGAUCACAAAGUGCACCAAAGGCAAGGCCAGAUUCAUAUGAGAGGCAACCAAGCCGGCGAAGAGCCUCAAUGGAAGGAAGAAAUGUCCCAAGACCAGUGAGGAUGCAGAGGUCAUCUUCACAUGUGGGUGUCACUGCCCAAAACUACCAAUAUCCAUGGUCAAUUAAGCUUGACAGGUCCACAGUAAGUGAAUGUGGCUCUACAAGUACAGUGCUCACAAACUCUAAUUACUGCAGAUAUCUUGCUGCAUAUGAGUCUCAUGGACAUAGGUACUGA